CUCACCUUCGAGACUAUUCUCUAUGUACUCAAUUUUCCCUUAGUCUCCAGAACAUUUUCACCUCUACAAUCAUUCUUGCGGCAUUUCUCGAACACAACAGUCUUGUGAAAAUUCCCGGAAAAUUUUCUAUAGCUUUUUGGGAAAUUAAUUGCUCAAAUUCAUCCUUUGACAAGAAGAAGUCUUUUCAAGGAAAUAAAUAUUUAUAUUUAAAUUGUGAAUAAGAUUAUGUGAUUAAUUGAGAUUACUCGAGGGAAUUGCCAAACAGUGAGUUUAAUAAUUACGCAUUAUGAUUGAGAAGAAUAAUUCCAGGAUUUUAAUAAAGUGAUAAAAUUAGUAAAAAGUGACAAAAUAGUGUUCACAAAUUUUGAAAAAUUAAAUCAUCUUACGUAGAUCAUGCAUCAUAAUCUUGUGAUCGUGUGAUUGAAACAUUUCGUUGAACGUGAUAUCAAAGUGCAAUUUUCCCAUCUUCGUCACUAGUGGUAAUUGAUUGAUAAUAUCAAUUACCAUUUUAGCACGUGCAGCAGCCAGAUAAUAAUAUUUGUGAAGAGUGGAAGGAAAAAAAAAGUUCCCAGCCACGUUUGGUGAGGAAACUCAUGCGAAGGGAGACUGUCCUCUGGAUCUGAAGGCGCAUCCGAAAAGCACGAGGAAGGGAGACUAUUAGCAUUUUGUCGAUGAUUCCCAUGGAAAUUGAUCCAUUGAGGAAAUGCCACUUGCAGACACCAGCAAUUACGAGCUUUGCACCAAGUACCACGGGAAGAGAUUAUCAAAGUGAAAACAAGUGUCACCAUGGAGUGGCUGCUGGCAAAUCCCCAAAUCCACAGCAUCUUUGCCUCUCUUGGCACUAUGCACGACAACAGUUACGUGGCCAGUGAAAAUUGCCUGGCACUCCUUGAGGAAAUCAAUUAUAAGCUCUCCAUCGAGGAUCACACCCUAAGAACUUUUAGGCGAGCCAUUGGCUUUAGUCAGUGCAUAAAAAAGGAUAUCAUCCCUCUUUUGCUCAAUGUGAAAGAUGAGAAACUCAUCGAGGCUACCAUUCGUAUCCUCGUGAAUCUGACGGUGCCGGUGGAAUGCUUGCUCCCCAUGGAGAUGAUGUCCCGCACUGAUGUUGGUCGCCAUACAAUUUUUGAACUCAAUAAAUUGCUGGUGCAGAGCAAAGAAGCCUUCACGGACAGCAAGGCGACCAAAGCGGUGCUGGACUACAUGAGAAGCAUCCUAGAGAAAGAAGGCAAGUUGGGUGUGGAGCAGUGCGAUGGCAUUAACAACUGCCUUCUGCUACUGCGGAACAUCUUGCAUAUCCCAGAGCCAGCGCAGGCACAUCAUGGAGGACAUCAUGGUGGAACAUCCAUGCAGAAUCAGAUCGUGUGGAAUUUGUUCACGCAGAGCGUCGACAAGCUCCUCAUCCACCUGAUGUCGUGUCCUCAGCGAGCGUAUUGGGGCGUGACGAUGGUGCAGGUGAUUGCCCUGAUGUACAAGGACCAGCACGUGGGGACACUCCAGAAGCUACUCAACAUAUGGUUUGAGUCAUCCAUUUCAGAGAGUUCCGACGACAAUGAAUCCAAUACGUCGCCUCCGAAACAGUGUUCUGGAGAUUCAAGUCCCAUGCUAACGUCAGAUCCAACGUCAGAUUCAUCGGACAAUGGAGACUUUGCAUUUGCAGGCAGCAGCAAAAUGAAUGUACACGAUGAAAGGCGCAAUUCGGGAACAACACAGGAAACAUCUGAGUCAUCUAUGCAGGAAUCCCUUCAAUUUUGUCGCAUGGAAACAAUGCGGAGCAAGACAAAGCCCCAGAACCAAUCCAACACCAAACAAUCGCAUCCAAAGACCACCCACACCUCCACCUUCAACUUUAGCGGUACCGGCGAAAAGCAACAGGCUUUUGGUCCGCAACAAGGACCAUCCCAGAAGGUAGGUACAAGUGCUACAUCUGGCACUGCUCAAAACACCGGUGGACCAUCAUCGCAGUCAGAAUCUGACUGUGGAUAUGGUACUCAAGAUCAGCAUGAGUCCAUUUCCACAUCAAGCAACGAAGAUGAGACUCCACAGCAGAAACCGGUGCAUCAGAAGCCACCGUGUAACCAAAAGCAGCGGUACAAUGCUGCAAAUAAGCAGAGAAAUGCCACAACCGUUCAAGACAAAAAGGAAUUGCGAAGGAAGAAACUGGUUAAGCGUAGUAGGAGCAACAUAAUUAACAUGAAGGGCUUGCUCUAUCAUACUCCAACCGAUGAAGAUAUCUCUAACAUCCUUAAGGAGUUUACAGUAGACUUCCUCCUUAAGGGAUAUGGUUGCCUGGUGCAAGAACUCCACGCACAACUCUUGACUGAUUUGCAAGUUCAGAUUGAUACAUCGCAUUUCUUCUGGCUAGUCACCUACUUUUUGCGUUUUGCUGCUCAACUUGAGCUCGAUCUUGAGCACAUAAAUUCCGUGCUGUCUUUUGAGAUUGUUAGUUACUUGACAUACGAGGGUGUGAGCUUGUGUGAGCAGCUAGAACUGGCCACAAAGCAGCAGAGUCCAGAUCUCAAACCAUGCCUCAGACGGAUGCAUCUCGUGGUCACGGCAAUUCGGGAGUUUCUCCAGGCUUUGGACACAUACAAGAAAAUCAGUCAUUUGAAUGACGAGGACAAGGAACACCUGAGAUUUCUUCAGCUGCAAAUUGGCGCCACUGAAGAUCUUAAGUGUCUAUUUAUGUUGCUCCUGGGACGUUUCAAUCCUGAACUGCAGAGCAAGCAGUAUCUCACGGAUUUAAUUGUCACCAAUCACAUUCUUUUGUUGCUGCUGGAGGGUGUCGCUAAAUUCCCGGAACAUAAAGGUAGCACCAAAAUGCUGGAGCACAUUAAACAGUUUGCCACUGUUGAGAUCAUGCAUCACUACGGAUUGCUACUGGAGGACUUUCGUGACAAUGGAGAAUGUGUCAAUGACUGCAUUUUUACCAUGAUGCACCACAUAGGAGGGGAUCUUGGACAAGUGGCCACUCUGUUUCAACCCAUCAUCCUCAAGACUUACACUCAAAUCUGGGAGACAGAUUACGAAUUAUGCGAUGACUGGUCCGAUCUGAUUGAAUACGUUAUCCAUAAAUUUGUCAACACUCCUCAACAGCCACCCCUUGAGCUACCAAAUCCAGCUUUUAGUCUAGAACCUGGCCAGAAUGGCGAAACAGUUGCCCCAUCAGUUUGGACCAAAGAGGAAAUUGAUACACUCUACUGGUACUAUGUCCAGAAUAAAAAAUCCGGGGAUGUUAUAGGGAAUAUUCUUAAGCAGUUCCAAGACAAUGGAACUCGCCAUAAGACUCGCAUUGACAUUAUUCAGCAACUCCUUCAGCAGGACAUUAUUACUCUUUUGGAAUUUGAUGACUUCAUGAAACUGGAAGAUGCUCACUACGAGAGAGAUAUCAAAACUCCUGGAGCUUCCACAAGCACAGCAGAAAGUGGGAUUGAAUUGAAAGACAACCUUACUCCCACAAAUAAACCAACUGAUGAUAUUCAGGUUCUUCGCGAUCGUCUCUACAAGGAGAACAAAGGGAAGUUCGUUCUGUGGCUCCAGAAGGUUCUUGUUGAAUGUUGCUUCAUAAAAUUGUGCAUAAGUCAGGGCAAAUUAACAUCCAAAGACAUUGCUGUGGAGUCCGAUGUGAAGACGAUGGAACCCGUUCCUCAUCAUUGCAUUUUGAAGAAGCAGUCCAUUCCUGUUGUUCCCUGGACAGGAGAACAAUGUGCUGUGCUGCUAUAUCAGCCUUUUAUGCUUCUCCUGCAUAAAUUGGGCUUCCAUUUGCCCGUUGAUGCGGGAAAAUUAUUUAUACGCAUCCCUGAGUUCUGGACAGCUGAUAUUCUAUACAGCAUUGCUGAGAAAUUGGGACCGAUUGAUAAAUGUCUCUUGAAGUUCGACGUGAAUCAGCUAAAGGGAUCACAAUGUGGCAAUCACUUCAAUGCCAAACAGGAUGGCUUGCAGGGUUCCAGUGAGCACUUUGCCAUUCCUGGAUUGAAGCAAACCAGUUCGAUCAUUAGAUUCACACCUGAACCCACAUCGACACCUUCCCUACCCAAUUGGCUGCAGAUCGUCAUGCAGAGUAAGACAACGCUCGAUCAUAGUUCAGAGCAUGAUACUCCAGACCAUGCUGGUGCUCCAAGUCCCAAGACCAACGGUGUCUCGGACAACAGUGAAGGUGGUGGUAUAUUUGAGGGCUCUCCGGAGGCCCCAUUUGAUCCACCGCUCCUUGUUAAUGUGGUACAUCUGACCAACAAGGAGGAUUGUGACAGCGAAAGGCCAAAUGAUGACUUCCAGUCUACCGUUUGGAACGCAUCUGUGCAGGCUGUCGAAGAUGUUGUCAGCAAUUGCGAUACAGCAUCCGUGGCAUCUGAUCUAACACGAAUGUAUGUGAGUGAUGAAGAUGAAAAGCCAGACAUCAGGCGAUCGGUACUCUAGCUCUUGGCCAGCAACAAUCUCCCUCCUCAGCCAUUUGGGGCCUCUCUGUCUUGGCAGAUUUUCUAUAUAUCCUAACUCUUAGUCAAUAAUUUAGCUCUAACUAUGUUGAUGUUUAACACCCUCAGUGUCUUGCAAUUGUGCAAAGACAGAUUGCAAAGAAAAAUUAUUUUAUAAUAUAAUUAUAUUAUAUAAUAUUUAUAUCUAUUUAGGAUCAUUCUGUAUUUGGUCGCUUGAAUCAGCAAGUGCUCGAUUUAAUUUUUUUUACGUGUUUUGUGUUUUCGUUAAAUUACAAGUAUUUUUCGUGCAAUUUUAAUAUGCAAUUACGAAAUUCUAAUACAAAGUGACAUUAAAAAAAAAAAUUAAAACAAAACUUUUAAAAUUUUGUUUUUCUGGAAUGAUUUCCCGUAAUGGAUUUUUUAUGAACUAACCUCAAAAUUAAACAGAUUUGUGAUUUUCGGGAGAGAAAUCCGCCGAUCAUGUUGAUCUACUGGAGUGUAGUUUUAUUUUCGAAAGAGCUAGGUAGUGUUUUUAUCAGGGGGUGACAUUAGGUCUGAAAAAUGCGACCGGUUAUAGUGUAAAGUUUUUCCUGUUUUUGUACACAUUUCACAAGAUAUCUCUAAAACUACAUAGGUUGCCAAUUUGGGGUUUUCGGUUGCCUCUUCGUUAUUAAAUUGGCUUUUAUUUUGUAUUAGUAUUUUUUGGUAAUUCAUUCUACAAUGACAUAAAACACCUAAUAAACUCCAAAGUUUUUUCGGCACGCUAAAAAUAUAUAGGAAACAUAGGAAAUGUCAUGCCCCUGGUUUUUAUGAAUCUUAUGAAUAGCCAAAUUAGUACUGUGCGGAAAUGGACUCUUGUCAAAGAGGAAUCAAAUAUAAUAGAAGACAAAUAGGAAUAAAAACAAUUUACAAAAACUAAAACCCCUAAAAUCGGUUUGGCUCUCAGAAAUUUGUUUUUUGCUCCCAUAAAUUUCUUGGGAAUUUUGACUUAUAUGAACUGUUAUAUUUUUGUAUUUAUUCCAUAAAUUUCAGAUAGACUGUCAAUCACGUUCCAAACAAAGUUACGACAAUUGCUGAUACAAGCGACAUUUUGCCAAUUAUGUCUCAAUUAUUGCUAAUAGAAAUGCACUUGAUUAAGCUCUUGCCAGAGUGAAAUUUUGAUAAUUUCAUCUCAAUAGUUUUAGUUUACAGAACAGAUUUAUAUAACUUAUAUAAUUGUCGUCAUGCUGGACAUUGUCAACAGUUUAUAAUUUUAUUUUGCUUUAUUUAGUUAGUUUUGCUAUGAUGUAUGGGUUUACUAAAGUAAGGACGGAAGAACAGGCUGAGAAAAGUACAAUAGUUUGAAAUCUUAUGAUUUUUAACACACUCUUUAUGGUGAUAUACACAUAAACAUGUUGAUUUCAGGCACUAUUCAAGACUUAUAUAUUUUUCUACGUAAAAUAUUACUAACCCUAAUAUUGAUAUCUUUCUCUUAUAGCAUCCUCAAACUGGUUUAUUAAAUAAGCUAUACUAGGAUCUAAUUUCUCGCACGUACUGAUACGUGUGUGCGAUAAUGCUGAUUAAUAUCAUUUCGGUGACUUCAUAAAUCAACAUAAUCGGUAUAAUAGUGUAACUUGAAUAGUGCCAUAAAUACAUACAGGUUCAUAACACAAUGUCCAAUAAUUCUUUGCCUCUCAAUCUCUACAGCAUUUUGUUUUGUUGGACUAUUUUUUUUUAUUUCAGUUGAAACAAGAUGGAAAGAGAAAAAUAUUAACUCUUUAAGGUCAUAUUGUAUUUUAAAGUUUGGUAACAAAACAACUUAUUCUCUCAACAAGAAGCUUUUGCUUUUAUUUCUUUCUUUUUUUCCAUAGUUGAGCAUUGUAUUUCUUUUAUAAUAAAAUUGCAAAUUUAUGGAUUUGUGGAAGGAGUUUGCUGGAACAAAGUAUUUAAAAUAUUCCAUCCUGACUUUACUGAAUGAUUUCACACAAUUGUUGAAAACAAAAAUUUAUCAAAUUAUACUAAAGAAAAAAAAAUCUGAUGGAUUGUACGAAAUUUUUUAAGAAUAUAUUAAUCUACGAAGAAAAAUAAUUGUUUGUUUGAAGUCUCUUCAAUGUAUUUUAGGAGGUGUUUUCUUUUGGUAAAGAAAACACAGAAGAAACCAGAAAGUGGUGAAAUUCAUGUUAGACAUAUUAAAAAAAUAUAUCUGUAUAUUUUGAAAAUAAAACAAAUUUGCAAUAUAA